AUGGCCACAUCAUUUGACCGAAUACUGGAAAUCCUUGAGGAAUGGCCCACCUAUCGUAUCGAUAAAAUGGGUGAACAAAAACUGAGGAGAUUGCUGACCAAAGUAAAAGAUCAAAUAGCCAGCGGUGGGAAAAUCAUCACAGCGUGGUUUCCUGAAAUAUUUCAAAAUGGCGUGAAUUCCAAGGGCUCUGGAGUGCUCUCGACAACGCUUUGCUCAAGAUUGACGACGGAGGUCAAAUAUUUAUUACAGCUGGCUCUAAAAUUAUUGAAGGCAAACUGUAUAUUGAAGCAGGUUCGCCUGAAGCCAGUGGACAGUUCUUUGGCGCAGGCGUACCAAAGAGCGCAUUCGAAGCGGCUAGGAAAAAAGCUGUGGGAAGCAAUGAUACCUGCGUUACCUACUCAAGACAUACGAAACCGAGCGGGGGCGUGUUCGGCAGAAGCGGCCUUGGCCAAGGAAAAAACGUAA